AUGCUUGUCAGCGGACCUGCCACGCAAUUCCAGCGUAUUAACCUCGGUAAGCUCGAGUCCAACUACGCUAGUCAUAAACGAGAGCCACUCGGCAAAUCUUACUCCAGAGGCCACAAACUACCAACACAUACGCAAAAAACCGAGUUUGCGUUUGGUAUGAAGGGGGCAUUCUGUGAAUCUGCUAAGGAGCUACUCCAUCCUUCAACAUCUGCUAGACUACUGAAUAAACGGGAGGAUGAAGAACGCUACAAGCGAUCGCACGGGUCGGUCGCCCCUGGUGAGCAAAAGAAUCGAAACUACCGAUGGGAAGCAGCAAAGAUCGACCGAGCCAGACACCGCUUUGGUGUCAAACCCAUCAGUAGUAGCAACGGCCAGAUUGGCGGAGAGGUGGCUGAGAUCUUAAACCCGGAGAUGAACGAAAGUAUCAUCCCUCCUGCUGUCGCACCUCAGCAUCUCGAGGAUCGACGGACACUCUACGAUCACCUGGGCAAGCCUAGACAUUUGGGCGCUGCCGAGACCGACACUUUGCCCACCAACCACGUGUUUGGAAUCAUAACGCAGAAUAGUGAUUCUGCCUGGCUGUGUAUCCAGGGAGAGUACUCACCUGAAGAGCAGCAGCCAGAUCCAGACCUGGGCCGCGCGGUAAAUCAUGGCUGGAGAAAUACCACAGCAGACAAUCGGUUGUUUGGUAUCCCAACAAUUCGCAGUGACAUUCCAGCGCCAGCACGGCGAUCAGUUGCUGAUGGACAGAACUAUGGGGAUGAUGUUAGUGCUCAGGCGUUGUUGUACCCAGAAAAAUUCGCUUCAAGUGGCGUGGCUAAUGCCGAGUUUGCGGAACCACGCGACCAAAAGUAUCUGCGAGGACUCUUUCAGAAGAUCGGCCAUGAAAUUUUAGACGAAGACUUUAAACUCAUUUGGAAGCAAGCCACACAGAGCGUGAGGUACACACCCAUAGGACUGGCAAGCAUCGCUGACUUUCGCGACGCACUUAACGCCUUCAUCGAGGCGCAGGGACGAGGUCCAGCAGCACUUCAGCAGUGGCUGAGUCGCGCCCAAGCCUUGUAG